AUGCACCACUGGGUGCAGGGCACUGCUUCCAUGAAGGACUUGGUUAAGCGUGUGGUGCUAAAGACCCACGAGUGUCAAGAGUGCAGCAAAUCCUUCAGCAAGAAGGGGAACCUGAAGAGACACCAGCGGAUCCACACGGCAGAGGAGCUCUUUACUUGUGUGGAGUGUGGGAGGCGCUUCACCACCCGGGGCCACCUCAUGACCCACCAGAGCAUCCACACAGGAGAGAGGCCCUUCUGCUGUGGAGAAUGUGGGCGAUGCUUCCGUCUGGAGAUAUGCCUGGCCGCCCACAAGAAGACACACACCAAAGGUGGUCCCUACCUCUGCACCCACUGCGGCAAGAACCUGAGCACAAAGAUCUACUUCAAUAUCCACAUGAGGACUCACACGGAGAAGAGGCCGUUUGCCUGCAGUGAGUGUGGGAAGAGCUUCGUGAAGAAGGGCACCCUCACUACCCACAGGGAGAUCCACAAGAGGGAGAAGCCCUUCAAAUGUCCCGACUGCAGUAGGUGCUUUGGGCAAAGUGCCACACUGCUGGCCCACCAGCAGAUACACCUCCGUGGGGGGCCUUUCAUUUGUACUGAGUGUGGGAAGAGCUUGAGCACCAAGAAGUAUUUCAGUGUGCACCAGAGGAACCAUGCUAAGCAAAAGCAAAAGCUGCUUGAGGGAUGUAUCAACAGCAUGUCUCUCAAGGUCAUGCAGAUUAAAGAGGAGCCUGAUUUUGUCUUCAGGUCAGAGGAGAAUAUGCCAGAGAAUAUGUCCCAUGAAGGAGAUGUAGGACAGGGGUGUAGCAUACCUAGAAUCCCAUCUAAUCCAAAAAGUCAUCCUUGGAAAAUCCAGAUGAAGGAGGAUCUAGAACCACCCACUGAUGAUACAGCAAACAUUACUGCAAUAGCCCGCCAGAAACUUUACAUCAAGGAAGAGCCACCAGAAAAUCUGGAUUAUGGAAAUCUCUUUGAUCCAAAAAUCCCACUGAUGGCUUUACAGGGGAGACAACUUAAAAAGGAAGAUGAUGCUGAUGGGCAGCAUGAACAGGAAGUCCCCGCAGCCAGUAACCUGGUGCUCCAUGUGAAGGAAGAACCACAGGAAAGCAUUGAGUUUGGCAUGCACUACGGGCAGAAGCCAAACCUCAAUGCUAUCCAGAGGAUCCAAAUUAAAGAGGAACCGAGUGUGGAGGCCAACCACCAGGAGAGCCAGAGCCCAAAGAGGAAGCAGAAGAAAGGCUAUUUGUCCACCAAAGAGGGGAUGCUGGAGAACCGGGAGAAAUCCAUGUCCAGAGGUGCCUCAGCAAAAGGAGGUCCCAGUGGUGAACGACUGUUCCCUUGUCCUGAGUGUGGGAAAAGUUUCAACCAGAAAUCAAACCUGACCAGACACAGGAAGAUCCACACGAGUGAGGGGCAGUACAAGUGCAGUGAGUGCGGGGAGAGCUUCCGCAUGAACCGCAAGUUGAUCCGCCACCAGCGAGUCCACGUGAGCGAGCCCUUCAAGUGCACGGAGUGUGGGAAGAGCUUCACCCAGCGGUCAAACCUGGUCCGGCAUCAGAGGAUUCACACCAAGGAGGAGCCCUACCAGUGCCCUGAGUGCAAGAAGACCUUCAACCAGAAGGCCAAUCUCUUCCGUCACCAAACUAUCCAUGUCCGCAUGGGGCCUUGCAAGUGCACCAAGUGUGGGAAAUGCUUCCCCCAUAAGCGCCACCUGAUUAAACACCAGCUGCUUCACUCCCGAGGUGGGGCCUACAAGUGUGGGGUCUGUGGGAAGCGCUAUCGGCUGAAGAAGUACUUGAGGAGGCAUCAGAAGAUCCAUGCACGGGAAGGAACUGCUCCCUGCUCAAAACAGGGGGAGGCCACAAGGACCAGCAGUGGACCCCACCAUGCUGAACAGAGAGCAUUGUCCCCCAUGAAGAUAGUUUUUACAUCACUGACACAGAGUUCCUGUGAGUCAGCACCAGCAGACAUGAAUGAAGUAGCUGAAGAAGAAGAAGAGCUCAAAGUGGGUAGAAAUAAGAAAAUCUGGCCAAUGACACUUGGAUACUUCCAGACCUACGUACUGCUGACGGAGAUGGGAGACAGUUGGGUCAAUAAUGUGGUGCUGGUGGUGUGGCUGCACCCUUCAUGGGUCACAUGUGACAACCUGCAAAUUGAAGCUGGCAUCAAGGCAAAGCUGGACCUCCAGCAAUCCAACCGCAGGGCGAGGGGGCAGGAGAAGGAGUUGAUUCCUUGCUGUCCUGGACACCAGGAUGACAUCUGUGUCCAUUCAGAUGUCUUCCUGGCCACCAGCCCCAGCAGCUUUGCACAGGCUCUGGUGCUUGUCCUGGUGCUGCACAGGGAAAUGAGGACAUUGGUGAUGCUCCUGGUCCUGGCCCCUGGUCCUGGUCUGGUCAUCCUGACUCACGACCCCAGGAAUGCUCCAGAAAUGGGUCUAGGUGUGCCCCCCACCAAGAAGAAAUUACUUCUAGAAGUGCUAAAGAAGAAGCCCCAUGCCUGCACUAAGUGCAGGAGGAGCUUCAAGAUGAACGUAGACCUCACUGAGCACCUCCAGAAUCACACAGGGGAGACACUCUUCUCCUGCACUGACUGCAGCAAGAGGUUCAUCACCAAAGCACAAGUGAAGGAGCACCAGAGGAUCCGCACGGGUGAGCAGCCAUACAAGUGCCUAGAGUAUGGGAAGAGUUUCACCCUGAAGUUGUAGCUCAUUGUGCACCACCAGAUCCACACAGGUGAGAAGCCCUACCAGUGCAGCUAUUUCCAGAAGAGCUUCAUGGAUAAGUUGCAACCUGUGGCCCACCUCCAGAUCCACAUGGGUGGAUUUCAGUACACAGCAAUCUCAAACCUCAGUCAAAGCUGGCUGACACAAUGGGACAUUUGGAGGUGA